AUGAAGCUUACCGAACGUCGUUAUGGCCUGCAUUUGACUAUGAACACGGACUGGAUGGGGAUACUCGAAAAUCGGUCACACUCUACUGGAGCAAUAUACCAUGCAAUAAAUGACCUUCCAUGGGAGAAGCGCUUCCUUCAAAUCAAUGCCAUCUGCGCUGCUGUCUUGCCUCGUACGAACGAGCCAAAUGUCCAGCAGAUCAAUCAUUGUCUCGAACCGUCAGUGAAUGAACUGAUGAUUCUCAAGAACGGGGUUAAGAUGGACAUUACCGACGAGAAAGAAUCUGUAGAUCUUUUUGCUGACAAUGGCAUCCUCGAUUGUGAUAUGCCGGCUGCUCACAAGGUAUCUGGAACGGAGGGUCACUCCCACGACAUGCACCCUUGUCGUUAUUGUGAUAUUGAAAUUACCGAAAUCAACACUCGUCAGGGCUAUGACUACAGCUGGAUAGCAGCUAAUGACAGUGAUUUGCUUCGUCAGUCGUUCUACUCGCGUGAUGCAAAUGCUGUCCGGCAAAAGGCAAUCCUCGAUGAUCACGGGGUUCGCUGGAGUAUAAUGAACAUCAUUGCUGGUUGUAUUCUAUCCAAGAAGACAGCACUGGACUUUAUGCAUUGCGUUUCUCUCGGUAACACCAUCUUGACUACCACCACAACAAUUAUAUUGCAAGGAUAG